UUUCAGGUAGGGAGUAGAGCUUGCUACCAGUGCCCGUUGCCUCGGGAAGAUCUAGGAAGGAAGACGUGAAAUGGAGCCAAUUGGAAGAAUCACUAGGAGGAACCCGACGGGCCGUGUACCGGGGGAAUCCGAGCGCGGCAGCCGGGGGUCCACUAGGGUGUCCAGGGGAAGGGGCCGUGGAGGCCAGCAACAAACCGUGAGCGACGGUCACGUUGACACGGAGAAUGAAACUUAUUGGUCCUAUGAGGACUCAACUUAUAGGCCGGAAACCGAGCCGGUGGAAACCCCAUAUGAUGGGGAGGAUGACGACAUGAGCGGGGAGAGUGACGAUAAUGGCACUCUUGGGAGGAUUGAGGCGCUACUCGAACAAUACCAUCGGGAGCGUGAAGAGAGGAGGCAACGCCGAAGGCGCCGAACGGGGCAACCUUCGGGUAUGGCUUCAAGAGGAGGAAGCCACAAUGCAUCUAGAGUCCAUGUGGAACCACAUGGAGGUCGAAAUGAUGGAGGUCCAACCAUAAGGAUCUCCAAGUUUAUCAAGGAAGCAAGAGACUUGGGGUGCAAACCCUUUGACGGGACCGGAGAUAUUUCGGUUGCCGCCCAAUGGAUCAAGAGGUUGAAUGAAGCAGCCCUUGACAUGCAAAUCGCGCCCAACCUUAAACUGAGAAUCGCAGUAAGGUUGCUUGAGGGGAUGGCAUCCAAAUGGUGGGAUGGAACCAAGAGCAAGUAUGGCGAGGAUGUCGUUUGGGAGGACUUCCAACGGGAGUUCUUUGCCCAAUAUUAUUCUGACUUUGAGGUGAACAAGAAGGUUAGGGAAUACACCCUCCUAACCCAAGGGGGAAACAUGACAGUGAAGGAACUUGAGUACAAGUUCCGGGAUCUCGCCGACUACAUACCGGAGUAUGCUUGUGACGAGAACCGAAUGGUGAACCACUUUUGGGACGCCCUUGACUUGGAGAUACGUGAUAGGGCAACACAAUUGCCUAACAUGACUUUUGCCCAAGUAGUAGACCAAGCCUUGAAGGGCGAGAAACAGUGGGAAGAGAGGAAGAA